AGAUCACUUCAAAACCGACCAAUAGAAUUUAUGAAGUGGGUUUAUAUUGUUGUUGUGAGCUUGUGGUUUAAACCCGGUAGGUGGCACUGUCCCCGCCCAACCGACACCCGCUAACGCAGAAGAAGAACGACACCGGAAGCAAAACCUUCGACUCUUGUGUAGCACACCGAGUUUUUUGUGUAACACAGCGACCGUGUUGCUCCGUGUUGUUUUGUGGUUGUGUCAUGUCACAGAACAGCGUUGUGCGCGUGUGCUCAAUGUGAUUUAAGGAGCGUGUGCGCGUGCUGGUGUCCUCGGAGAGCCGUGACGUCCCGCAGCCGCCUAGCAUCCCCAGCUAGCCCGUUAGCUUCCUGUCACCGCAGCGGGCCGAGUCAAACGAUGAAUUCGGUCCAGAGCAGGACUUCGCCGGCGAACCUGCGCGACGAGGAGACGCUGCUGGUGGAGAACGCCAUCAGACUGGCGAUCGACUCCAUCCUCAACGUGUUGUCCGGCGUCCACAGCGCCAGGACCCACGAGUACCAGCGGACGGUGGCGGACAGGGACAAAGAGAUCCGGCGGCUGGACCGCAGGCUGCUGGGGAUCGAACACGAGCUGCAGGUGCUCCGCCGGCAGGGGUGCACCUGCAGCUCGGUGUUCGGAGACGAGCUGGGCCCCGGCGGGCCUCAGACCUCCUCCGGUGGCCCCGGCGGGUCUCACACCUCCUCCGGUGGCCCCGGCGGGUCCGGUGUCGCGCAGACGGUCGAGUCGCUCGAGCGGGGCGGGUUCGAACUCGGCUGCCUGUACCCUGGUAUGAAAGUGGGGGACAGUGAGAUGGGCUUUUUAUUGGGUCCUUUUGCGAGACCCCUCUCACACGUCUCCUCCCAAAGCCCAGAGUCGGCUCCUCUGUCGUCCCCCAGCAGAAUGUGCCUGGAGCAGGCCUGCGCCUCCCUCUCCUCAGAGACUUCAGGUGUAUUGGAGGCAGCCAGACUUCUGCCCUCAUCUCCCAGCAGCCUCGUGGUCAAAGAAGAGCCGUGUGACAUCGACACAGUUUUAAUCAAGUGGGAGAUGAGCGAGGAGAGAUUCGGGGAGUGUCAGGAGAGCACAGGAAGUACAUGUCAGGACGAAGACAGCCUCGCUGUAAAAAAAACACCGGACGGCAGAGAGAGGGUAAACUUCAGGGAGGAACCUGAAGCCGACGAAGAUGAAAACCAAAUCACAGAUGGAGAGCACCUGAGGAACAAGAAGAAGGGCGUGCCGAUGUCCCAGCUGCCGGAGGAGGCUCAGAGACUGAAGCGGGCGGCGUGGAGAGCAGCGUCCAGGCGCUACUACGCCCGGAAAGUAGCCCGGCAGCAGCCAAACCCCUCGCGCUGCAACCCCUUCCCCCACAUGUCGGCCUCGCAGUAUGCACAACCUCUCUCCUUCAUGGACAAGAGGAGGAGGACGCUGAUAUCUCAUCUACCCGAAGAGUCUCAGCUGAUGCAGAGGGAGGCGUGGAGAGCCGCGUCCAGGAGGUACUACGCCCGGAAAACUGCCCGUCCCCAGAUGGACCACACGCAGUACGAACACCUGCUCCAGAACACGGAGCCUUCUGGAGAGACACAGGAACCUGACGGAGCCGGAUCCCACGGCAACAGCGAAGGAAUCAUGUGCAGCUGACACAGCGAUGGUGUUUGAAGAGAUUCUGCAUAUUUAAAACUUUACGACGUGUCCGAAACUGGACUUUGUGAAUGGUUGCAUUUGGUUGAUCAUGUUGAUUUGUCUCAGGUGUUAUGAUACGAUCUGUUGUAACCUUAAUCUCCAAACUGUCUGCUUGCGUUUGUAACCUUUCAUAGUUGAAUUAUGCAACUAAUAUUCCUGAAGACAUCACAGCGUUUAUAUCAGUUUGAUUUAGAUUUUUAUUUUAGUGUUAAACCCCUUAUCUUCAUGACUGUAUUUCUUUGGAAAACACUGCAUGUCUGUACAAACGCAUUAAUAUAUUCUGAGGCAAUAUAAAGCCACUGUAUCAGUGCAGUGCCCCCUAGAGUGCAGGAUCUGUAACUACAAUCAGCUGCAACGCUUAAAUUAUAAACUCAACAUCUUUGUAUUAAUAACAGGUGAAGCAAUAUUAGAUUUGUUACUGUUAAAAGCUUGUAAUUUUUAUAACAUGUUAAAUAAUAAAUUAUUUAAAUACUG